AUGAAAGACUUGCGCUGCAAUACCAGACUCUUCGGUGGUGCGAUGGUUCUGUUAGCCGGCGAUUUUCGUCAAACACUUCCCGUCAUUCCACGAUCGACAGCUGCCGAUGAACUGAACGCAUGUCUGAAGGCGUCGCAUUUGUGGCGAUAUGUGAAAAAGAUUGAAUUGACAACUAAUAUGCGAUUCACGCUACAAAACGAUCCAUCAGCCGAUGAAUUCUCCAAACAUGAGCGAGCAAUUUUAGCUGCCAAGAACAAAGACAUUGACGAUGUCAAUUUCAUCAUUCAGAGCAUCAUCGCUACCAAUUUACAUUCGUUCAAAUCGAUUGAUUGCGUUACGAAGGAAGACGAAGCCACAAACUAUCCAAUUGAAUUUUUAAAUUCAUUGGAUCUGCCCGGUUUACCACCACACAACUUGCAACUGAAAGUUGGCUCAAUCAUCAUUAUGCUGCGCAAUCUAAAUCAACCGAAACUGUGCAAUGGAACUAGAUUCGCAGUGAAGCAUCUGAAAAACAAUGUCAUUCAAGCGAUGUUACUCAAAGGCAAGUUCAAAGGCGAGGAAGUACUCAUCCCGAGAAUUCCAAUGAUACCUACUGAUUUGCCUUUUGAGUUCAAGCGCAUCCAAUUCCGCGUCCGAGUCACUUUCGCCAUGACGAUCAACAAAGCUCAAGGACAAUCGUUGCGACUGUGUGGCCUCAAUCUAGAAUUUCCAUGCUCUUCGCACGGACAAUUGUACGUGGCAUGUUCGGCGUGUCGGAAAGCCGUCUGCAUUGUUUGUCUAUGCACCGGACAACAAAACAAAAAACGUUGUACAUCAUAUAGCGCUGCAUUGACCUAAAAUUUGGUAAACCAAUUAUAAAUGCGACUAAAACUC